GAAAUAAAGCUAACUCAGACGACAAAAGACGAGUUUGAUGGAUUGAAAAGUGGGAAGAGCGUGAAACCUGUGAUUUAAUCUGGAUGGAACUGACAGGUCUUGGAGACGUUUGCAAAUAUAUAACAUUAUCCAUUGCAGCAAUGGAGGAUAUCAGUUUCCCUCAGAAAGCUAUCAGUGACCCCCUACCUCACAUUCCUACUGUCUCUGAGACGUUUGGGUUACACCAUUUCCCACCAGAGCCCCUGUGCAUCGCUGAUAUAGGCAGAAAACCUGACACUGAUAAAGAUGGACUGUCCAGAAGAAUUUUCAGCUCAGUGAUGACAACAGAGUCACAGAUUAUACCUAAGUCUCUGUCCCAGAAUGCAGGUUCUCUUGGUGCCGACAGCACAUUCCUGAAUACAACUGCUACAAAUGGAGACAAUAAUUUGAGUAAGCCAAGUCCUAGCAGAAAAAAAGCCAAAGUAGCAGAUCCUUCUAACUGGAAGAAAAACAAGCAGAAGCAGCUGAGGAUGGAGGGCAAAGCAUACACAAGCAAACGCAAAAAAGAUGGUGAGAUUGUGACCAAACAGCCAAGAGCAGUGGGACCAAGGUGCACGUCCAGUCUUUGCAAAAAGGCCUGCAACCGACUUUGUAAUGAAAUCGAAGAAGGCGUCAGAAAAAGACUCUUUGAUGAAUUCUGGCAGUGCAUGAGCUGGGCUCAGAGGAGACUAUAUGUAGCAGGACAAGUUGACUGUGACCCUGUGGAGAGAUCUCGAGCUGUGGGGUCACAGUCAAGAAGAUCACUUUCAUUUCGUUAUCACUUGCUGGUGGAUGGUAAAAGGAAACAAGUGUGUAAGAACAUGUUUCUGUCCACUCUGGGGAUCGGAGAGUGGUCCGUGCUCAACUGGGCGCAGAAAGGAAAAACAGAAAACAACAGACUGAGUGAACACAAAGGAGACGGGACUGAAGCUGUGCCCCAGUGCCCACAGCAAAACCCUGCUUCUUCUUCAGUGUGUUAUUCAGUUGAAGUUACACUAGAGUCAGAAAAUCCCACUGAAAUAGACCAGAACAGUCCAACAGAACUGGAGAGCCCUGCAAGAAAGAAACCAAGGGUUGCCAGGCCGCUAACGUGGAAACAAAACCAACAGAAGCAGCUCAGAAUGGAGGGAAAACCAUACAUCAGCAAACGCAAGAAAGACGGCACGACUGUGACUAAAUCCCAGAGGACAAUGGGAAUGAGAUGCACCUCCAGCGCUUGCAGGAGGGCAUCAAACCGCUUCUGUGCAGACUUCAGUGAAGAAGCCAGGAACCACCUCUUCACCACUUUCUGGCAGUGUAUGAACUGGGCUCAGAGAAAGAUCUACGUGGCCGGGUUGGUAGACUGUGACCCAGUGGAAAGGACCAGAGCACUAUCAGCUAAAUCACGAAGGUCAGUUUCAAUGCGGUAUCACUUGAUAGCCAACGGUGACAGAAAACAGGUUUGUAAAAAGAUGUUCCUCUCCACUCUGGGGAUUGGGGAGUGGUCUGUGCUUAACUGGGCACAAAACUCAUGCGAACAAGAUGAAAACAGCAAAAAGCAAACACAAAGGGCAUCCCGUAAAGCUUCAGAGCACAUAUUCCUGAAAGAGUUCUUGGAAAGGUUACCCAAAGCACCCUCGUACUGUUGCGAGACAUCUGUCUCUAAGCUGUAUCUGGAGCCGGCCUUCUCAACCAUGUCAGAGGUUUACAGGCACUACUACAACCACUGCAUGGAGAAGGAGACCUCCCCACUCUCUCGACAGGUGUUCUGUGCUGUUUUUAAAAAGAUGGAUUUGGGAUUGUGUGACCACAAAAAGGAGCAAGAGAGUACUUUUGGUGCAACUGGGAAUUUAUUUAGUGAACUUUGGGAGGAGUACUGCAUGGAAAGGGGAGCUCCUGGGCCACAACUGGAGCAACAGACUGGAUUUAAGGACAAAGAAGCUUUAUGCUGAAGUAUACUGUUGCACUGUAAUCUGUGACAUUCUUUUUCUUACAUCUUUAUUAUAUAGACUGUGAAAUUGCCAAAAUAACUGACUUCACAUUUCUUUGCACACAUGGUUGCUUCUUCCAGUCUCCAGACUCAAGCAAUUGUUCCACUGAAGAGGAUGACAUUAUUUGUAUUUUUUUAUUUAUAGAGUUCUGUUGUUCUUUACGAUGGCAGUUCCCUUAUCAGGCUUUUCAGCCUUUAUUAUGUCACAACAUAUAAAAAUAACACUCAAGCAUAUUUAAAAUAUUCUAAAAUGGCUGUACUUACAACAAAGCCACAUUAAAGGGAAAAAAUGAGAUUUUAAAACCAAAGACACACAAGAAUAAAGUAGUAAUGUCAUGAGGAUAAAGUAGAAAAUUGUGAGAAGAAAGACAAAUAAAAAUUUAAUUCUCUGGACUAAAGUUGGAAUUUUCUAUCAAUUAAUUCACAAUUGUAUAGGAAAUCAGUUGUUAUUUGAGGAUAUGAUUGGCAUUUGUGUUAUUCAUAGGGGAAUAUCAGUGGGGCAGCCUGCCUCCUGUGUUGAAAUGAGUGUAAUAUGUAGCAUCUUGCGAAGUCACACUUGCGGUGUUUUCACAAAACCUGAACACUGAUAUAGGGAUACAUGAUAUAAUUGGCAUGAUAUCAGUAUUGACAGGUAUUAGCUUAAAAGUUUAUUAUCAAAAAAUAUGAACAUUUUUGCUGAUAUCAGCUGUGAAUAUCGACCAAUAUUAGCUCUAAAUAUCAACCUGUCACCUUAAGCCUUUUUUUGUUCAUCGUCAUUCCUUUAAACUUUGAAGUGUUCUCUUGGGACUUAAUUUUGAUUCUUUGUUCUUGCUUCAAACUUUAAUGUGUGCUUUUCUUUUUUUGUCAUCUUUUAAGAUUUAUUUAGAACUUUUUUGCCUUUUUGUAGAGAGAUAGGACAGUGGACAGAACUGGAAACAGGGACGAGAGAGCAGGAGACAAUGUGGUGAAAGAGCCACAGGCUGGGGUGCAACUCAGCCAACAGGCCUUCUGGACCUCUUAGAAUGUGUUUUAAGGACUAAAGUUUUAGGUCUGAGUUACAUAUUUGAAUAUGGGUAGUGGCUAAAAUUAGUCUAUAAAUAUCAGCAUAUUGGCAAGUAUCCAAUACAGUA